AUGAUUGAGGUUAAGGUGAAAGUGCCUGAUGUUGCGGUGAAUGAGACUAUAGAUGAGGUGAAUGAGACUGUAGGUGAGGUGAAAAAGAUUGUGGCUGAGGUGAAUGAGCUUGAGGCUGGGGGCAAUAAGCUUGAGCCUGAGGGGAAUAAGACUGAGGUGAAUGACCUUCAGUCUGAGGGGAAUAAGGCUGAGGUGAAUGAGUUUGAGGGCAUGAUAAGAGACAUGGUUGAAUGUGGAUAUCCACAAGCUGAAAUUGAGUUAACCAUGCAAAAGGUUAGAAGGGAAAGACAUAAGAUGAGGGUUGUUUCACUAUUGAAGAGGAGCAAAACUUUUGAAAGAACCAUCAAGAUAAAUCUAAGCAAGAGUGAACCUGUUUCGUUUUCUGAGAAGAAGAGACCUUAUAUGAAGGACAAGAUACUGUGUUCGGAUUAG